CCCCCCCAAUCUCAUGAGCACAUAGCGGGCUGCGGCCUCGCCCCCCCCCUUUCUGACCAGUUCCGGAUGCAAUGAAUAAUUCAAGCGGGCGACCACGCAACCCUGUAGCGUUUACGCGGCCUGAAAACAGACGAGCCAUAACCUCACACUUGACGUCAACGGCGUCAUUUCGCAUGCCAGGCAAGCGCCCGCUUUCAUUGAGCCGUUUGGCGCGACGCAUUUUAAACAGCCGGGGGCAGUUCGGCAGUGGCCCUUUGGCUAGCGCGCCUUGUCUGUUGCACUGCGUGUGGCGGCGAGCGAGCAGGACAGCGGCGUGCCACGCCAGGCCGUUUGCGAACUCCCCCCACAUUCCGCUUGGGUAAUUGUAUAGGCAACUGCGCAGCUGGUUUCGCGGGCGCGGCAACGCCGCAUUGACGCACGGACCCGAAUGAAACGCCGCACUUGGCCUGGCGGUUGAUUAGUAGUGCGCCAGCCCGCCAGCCGAGCUGUCAAGAGCGAAAGUUUCGAGCGCCCGCGCCAUCCUCAAGCCCAGGGUGCGUGUUUUAUGAUGUGUGUGAGCCGCAUCGAAAUGGUGCCGGCCGUAGUCAGUCUCGUUGCAACGAAGGGCCGCGACAGGUAUUCCGGCCUGAUCCAGGACUUGGUGUGCUUCCGAUGCAGCCACAAUGCGGGCGACGCGCCCCACGACGCCCCAGCCGCCGCCAGGACGAUCCGCUCGCCCUCGCCCCACAACGCCUUCAAGCGAUGGCGCACCUCGAGGCAGCCGGGGGCGCAACCCCCCCCGCCCGACGAGAUGUCGCUGCUGCAGUUUCUCGCCUUUAACGCGCUCGAUCUGAGCCUGCCGGCGAGUCCGGUGCUGCUGAAGACGCGUCACAGCCACUGGUUCCAGUUGAGCGGCCAUCCGGACAGUCUGGCGCCUGCGGGGCCCGGCACGGUGUGGAAGAAGCGCUCCCCGAACUCGGACGACACGGAGGGGCGCGUCUACGAGGAGCUGCAGCGCGACCCGCUGCUGCAGGACAUCGUGCCGCGCUACUACCGCCAGGUGGAGUACCAGGGCGAGCAGUUCAUCGAGCUGCAGGACCUGCUGCACGGCUUCCAGGACCCCUACGUGAUCGACAUCAAGAUGGGCACGCGCACCUUUCUCGAGUCGGAGGUGCGCAAGACGGCCGCCCGCCCCGACCUCUACCACAAGAUGGUGGCGAUCGACGCGGACGCGCCCACCCCCGAGGAGCACCGCCUGCAGGCGGUCACCAAGCUGCGCUACAUGCAGUUCCGCGAGCUGCAGUCCUCCACCUGCAGCGAGGGCUUCCGCAUCGAGGCGAUGAAGUGCCGGGGCUCCGCCCCCGUCACCGACCUCAAGACCGUCAAGUCGAGCGCCGAGGUGCUGCACACGUUGGACGUGUUUCUGGGGGGGCGCGAGGACAUGCGGCAACGCCUGCUGGCGCGCCUCUGCGACAUGCGCACCAAAAUCGACCAGUCCGACUACUUCAAGAGCAGGGAAGUGGUGGGGAGCAGCCUGUUCAUCGUCUACGACGACGCCAAGCUGGGGGCGUGGCUGAUCGACUUUGCCAAGACCAAUCGGCUGCCCGAGGGGCGCACCGUCGACCACCGCGCCCCCUGGGAGCCUGGCAACCACGAGGAGGGCCUGCUGUUCGGGUUCGAUCGGCUCAUUUCGAUGGUUGGGAGCAUCCGCAUCCCGGAGCGCGGGGGGCGCUUUGCGCGCCCCCUUUCGGUCAGCGUCAAGUCCUGAGCGCCGGGCGCCGUCCCGGCAUGUGAAAGUGCCCCGGACGCGAUAUGACGUCUCAGCGCCCACGGCCUCCCCACUCCUCUGUUUGUGUCCACUCCCCCAGGGCCCACUGUGUAUUUGCAAGUAUUAAGCCCCGCCCCCCGGGGGCGGGGCCCCAGCCCGUCAUCGCUCUAGUCAAUGUUCCUAGAUUUAAGGCCUCCAUCCGACAACACUGUGUACUUAUUAUUACAUUUUUUAACCAGUAAA